GCGAAGGGGGCCCAGCGGCACCGGCGGAACCGGCUCCCUCCAGCUGCCUCCAGCUGCCUGUGCGCGAGGUGGCGGAGGAGGAACCUGGCCAGGUGAGAGCCAGGUGCCCGGCCCCAGAACCUUCCACCUGCUCAGGACCACCGCGCAGCCAUGGGCUACCAGAGCCAGCAGCUUGUCAUCCCGCCGCAGAGAGAUCUAAAUGACAGAGAAACCCUCGUUUCUGAACAUGAGUCUAAAGGGAAAACUUGUCAGUCUACUGCUGUUUUUAAUGUUGUCAACUCGAUUAUAGGAUCCGGUAUAAUAGGAUUGCCUUAUUCAAUGAAGCAAGCUGGGUUUCCUUUGGGAAUAUUGCUUUUAUUCUGGGUUUCAUAUAUUUCAGAUUUUUCCCUUGUUUUAUUGAUAAAAGGAGGGGCCCUCUCUGGAACAGAUACCUACCAGUCUUUGGUCAAUAAAACCUUUGGAUUUCCAGGGUAUCUCCUCCUCUCUGUUCUUCAGUUUUUGUAUCCUUUUAUAGCCAUGAUAAGUUACAACAUAAUAGCUGGAGAUACUUUGAGCAAAGUUUUUCAAAGAAUCCCAGGAGUUGAUCCUGAAAACUUGUUUGUUGGUCGCCACUUCAUAAUUAUGAUUUCCACGGUUACCUUUACUCUGCCUUUGUCCUUGUACCGAGAUAUAGCAAAACUUGGAAAGGUCUCCCUUAUUUCUACAGUUUUGACAGCUCUGAUUCUUGGAAUUGUAAUAACAAGGAUAGUUUCAUUGGGUCCAGACGUACCAAAAACAGACGAUGCCUGGGUAUUUGCAAAGCCUAAUGCCAUUCAGGCCGUUGGGGUUAUGUCUUUUGCAUUUAUUUGCCACCACAACUCCUUCUUAGUUUACAGUUCUUUAGAAGAACCCACAGUAGCGAAGUGGUCCCGCAUCAUCCAUAUAUCCAUCGUGGUUUCCAUGUUUAUCUGUAUCCUCUUUGCCACAUGUGGAUACCUGACAUUUACCGGCUUCACCCAAGGAGACUUAUUUGAAAAUUAUUGUAGAAGUGAUAACCUGGUAACAUUUGGGAGGUUUUGUUAUGGCAUCACUGUCCUUUUGACGUACCCCAUGGAAUGCUUCGUGACUAGAGAGGGUGUGCUCUGUGCAGCUCCCCUAAUUUUUAUCAUUCCAUCAGCUUGUUAUCUGAAACUGUCUGAAGAACCGAGGACACACUCAGAUAAGAUUAUAUCCUGUGUCAUGCUUCCCAUUGGUGCCGUGGUGAUGGUUUUUGGAUUCGUCAUGGCUAUCAUAAAUCCUCAAGACUGCACCCACGGCCAGGAAAUGUUCUACUGCUUUCCUGACAAUUUCUCCCUCACAAACAUCUCAGAUUCUCGUUUUCAACUGACGACGCAACUUUCAACUUUAAAUAUCAGUAUCUUUCGAUGAGUUGACUGCUUAAGAAAAUAUAUGUUUUCUUAGACUUCUAUACUACAUAAUAACAUUUACACAUGCUUUAGUCUCUAUUUAUAUUAUAAAACUAUCAUUCUGGCAUUUGUCAAGACUUGCUUUUCUUUACUUUUUAGUGCAAUAUGAAAGGUAAGAAAGAAAAUUGAAUGUAUUUUACCUUAAACUGGGACAAAAUAAAUGUUUUUCUUUAAUGACUGCCCCACACUAAUCCUAACUGAAGAAGGAAAAGUAGAGCCCUUAGCAUUUGCUGUCAUCCCCUCAAAGCAUUACUAUUUUAUUUUAUAUUUGAGCCCAUAUAUUGUGCUCCAAAGCAAGUAGGUGAUUGUGGGUUGCAAUUUUGUGGAUGCGUCUUGUAGGAGAAAAAAAGUUAUUUAACAUCUGCAGAAUCAAAGGGAAGGGAAACCCAAAACUAUUAAAAACAAUAGCUAUCCCAAGGGCAAAGAGAAGCUUUCCAUUAUAAUUUCAGUAGCAUCCCUUUUUCAGAGGGAAGUAGAUUCCUGUAGAAAAGAGCAAAGACCUCCCCAUGUGAAGAAGCAUGAAUAAUAGACCGGAUGUGCAGAGCAAGGCAUGUGAGCCACCAGAGUUAUCUCCCAACUUUUGAUGCUCUGGGAAUAAAAUAGUAAUACCCUUAUGAGGCAGAAAACACACACACACUGUUCUGAGGCAAAAGCAUAAGAGAUCAGUUAUGCCUCAGAUUUGGACCUGUUGCAUUUGAAGUACCAUCAGGAACAUACAAUCAGAAGCUGAACUUUUAGGCUGGAAACUUAUAAGAAGAAUCAGGACUACAGAAGAGGCAUUCUCACUCCUCUGGGGGGUCCUCAGAGAGAUCUGGGGGAGCCCUUGUUCAUGGGGUUCUUUGGAAGCAGACACUGAGAUGGAGUCUGUCAUAAUAGGAGAGAGGAGGGUAAGCACAAUUGGGAGGGGAAAUUGGAACUGCAUGCAGGCUGACAAAGCCUCAGCCAACCCCACAUAUAUGACCCAUCAGAGUUCUCCCUGUUCAGAGGAACUAACCGGGUUUUAAAACUGCUGCCUCUAUCAGUGAGGGCACCUGGGGAAGGAUGAGCCCUUGGGCUCAGCAGCUCUUUGCAGCUGAGCAAACUCUAAAGGAACUGAGAGCCAGAGGCUGGCUGCUGAUAGCCAGGGCACCACACACUUCCUCCUAGGGGGCAUCUAGGAGACACAGCUGUGCCCACCACAGAUGCUCUGGGUUUUUAAUGAGGAUUUUUUUUUAUGCCUUUUAAUGAGGAUUUCAUAUCUUCAUAUCUAUGGCAAUAUUUUAAAAGUAGCAGAUGAAAAUUUGGGGCCAUCUGGACAGCUUCCUUAUAGCAAGUAUCACCCAAGAGUAUAUUUCUCACCUUUUCAUCUGUAUUUCAACCAGGUUGACCAUCUGUAGUACAGUAUUAUUGUUGCCAAGUAAUGAGAAAAUAUUGCAAGCAGAGUUAGUACAUAUAUGAUGUGUUUAUACAAAUUACAGGCAAAAAAAUUUCCACAGGAAGUAUAUGAAGAAUAGGUUCACAGUAGUUUGAAUAAAGUGGUAAGAGCUGAGUCAUCCCGUGAAUCACAGCGAGAAAGGCCCAUUGAACACAAAAGAACCUGCUGGCAGAACCGUGCUCAGGAUAGGAGGGGUGAUUUUUUUUUUUUCAGUAAAAGAUCAUCCGUGCCACUAAAUUACUUUAAAUUUUGUUGAUUGUAUAGCUUUUCUGUAUUUAAGUUGUAAAUUUGUUUUUUAUAAUUAAGAGUCAUAAAGCUAAGUAGUUAGUGACUAUUUUUAGAUGGGUACAUUUGGGUAAAAUAAUAAUAAAAAUGCUUCAUUGCAGACUGAGGGAACAUGAGAAAUUUUUGUAGCAGUUCAUUAUUACUCAAGACUGAGAAACACUGACCUACAUAGUUAUUAGAUAAAGUCAUGAGAGAUGAGAUUUCCAAGAGUGUACAAAAAGAAGCACGUCAAGGAUAAUGUAAUUUAGCACUUAACCAUCUCUUAUCUUGUACUUUGGUGUUGCUUCAGACGUGUUAACCUUGACUCUUCAAGGAGAUGAAACACCCAGUAGGAACUGGGCGCAGUGUUAAUACCUGAUGAAUAUUUGUUGGUUUGUUUGUUUUUAAUCAACUAUAGAUCAAGAUUGCCUUUGACCCUGUUAGUAGCUGCGUGGAUUACCACAUCUUUCAAAUUAGAAUCAAGAAAUCUUAGGAAUUCACAAUUAUUUUGCAAAAAUACUUGUAUGUUUACUUUGCCACCAUGCAGAACUGCAAGAACCUCCUCCCCACCCCACCCCCGGCCUUAGUCUAUGUUCUGUCUCAAUUUAAUAUA